CAGCGCAUGACCAUGAAACAAGGAAGUGUUGUCUCAAACAGGGCCGAGUCUGUUCUUGUGUGUGUUUUUUUUCCACUCUGAAGAGACUGACAACAUUUCACGCUCUUAAGAGACUCCGAGCUGCAGGAAGAGGCGGAAAGCUUCUGUAGUUUUAGAUUCAGUUACAGUAAAAAUGGACGCAGAUCGCCGACGCCCGCUUCUAUCAAACUGUGUCCUUAUCUGCGUCACUUUGUGCGGCUACCUGAGCACCGGGGUGUUUGCAAAAUCAUACCGGAGACCUAACAUUGUUUUGAUCCUCACUGACGACUUGGACAUCGCGAUCGGGGGUCUGAGUCCUCUGACAAAGACGAAGAAGCUGAUUGGUGAUGCAGGGAUUUCAUUUUCAAACGCAUUUGUCGCCAGCCCGCUCUGCUGCCCGAGUCGAGCCAGCAUCCUGACGGGGAAAUACCCGCACAACCACCACGUCAUCAACAACACGAUAGAGGGAAACUGCAGCAGCACAGCCUGGCAGAAGAGCGAGGAGGCCCACACCUUCCCCGCCAUACUGAAGAAUCACGGAUACCAGACCUUCUUCGCUGGGAAAUACCUCAACCAGUACGGACACUCGGACGCCGGCGGGGUGGAGCAUGUGCCUCCAGGCUGGAGUUACUGGGUCGGACUGGAGAAGAACUCUAAAUAUUAUAACUACACUCUGUCAGUGGAUGGAAAAGCUCAGACACAUGGAGCUGAUUACAGCAAAGACUACCUGACCGACGUUCUGGCUAACAUGUCUCUGGACUUCCUCAGUUAUAAAUCAAACUACCAGCCGUUCUUCAUGAUGGUCUCCACGCCGGCCCCCCACUCGCCGUGGACCGCAGCUCCUCAGUACCAGAACAGCUUCAACACCACGAAGGCUCCAAGAGACCCCAACUUCAACGUCCACGGGAAGGACAAACACUGGCUGAUCAGACAGGCGAAAACCCCCAUGACCAACUCCUCCGUUCAGUUUCUGGAUGAUGCCUUCAGGAAACGGUGGAGAACUUUGCUGUCAGUAGACGACAUGGUGGAGAAAAUAGUGAAGAGUUUGCAGGUCAGAGGAGAGCUGGACAACACGUAUGUCUUGUUUACCUCUGACAACGGCUACCACACAGGUCAGUUCUCUCUUCCUCUGGACAAACGGCAGCUCUACGAGUUUGACAUCAGAGUUCCCCUCAUGGUCAGAGGACCCGAUAUCAAGCCCAACCAGACGAGCAAGCUGCUGGUGGCGAACGUGGACCUCGGUCCGACCAUCCUGGACAUCGCCGGCUACGACGUCAACAAGACGCAGAUGGACGGCAUGUCCUUCCUGCCGGUCAUGGAGGGGAAGAUGAACAGCAGCAGCUGGAGAACAGACAUCCUGGUGGAGUACGAAGGAGAAGGAAGAAACGUGUCGGACCCCUCCUGCCCCCUGCUGGGACCAGGAGUGUCGGAGUGUUUCCCAGACUGUGUGUGUGAGGACUCGUACAACAACACCUACGCGUGUGUGCGCACUGUCGCCCCCUGUGCCAACCUGCAGUACUGCGAGUUUGACGAUAACGAAGUGUUUGUAGAAGUGUACAACGUGACUGCAGACCCCUUCCAGCUGACCAACAUCGCAAAGACCAUCGACCAGGAAGUCCUGGAGAAGAUGAACCACCGGCUGAUGAUGCUGCAGUCCUGCUCCGGACAGUCGUGUCGAACGCCCGGCGUGUACGAUCCAAGUUAUAAAUUUGAUCCUCGGCAGAUGUUCACGGGCCACAGCGGGCGGCUCAGCAGACUCCGGCAGAGGAUGAAAUAAAAAAAAGAGGAGCAGUGAUGAAGACGUGGAGAAGAUGGACUGAGGAAGAAAGGGCUGCUUUGUUGUUUUAUAUUCAGCCUGCCCUGCUGUUGUUGCCUUGUUGUCAGGCCUCCCGAGCCAGUUUUCUCUGUGGACGGAUGGAGAAGGGAUCAGGUGAGGUCAUAUUGUAGGAAUAGGUGCGUUGCCACGGAGACGAGAGGCCUCUUAGUGUGCAGCACUCGCCCUAUGAAGUUUGGACUGCAGUUUUUUUUUGUGUGUGUGAGUUUUUGUGAGUAUGAGGCAAAUUAAUCCGGAUGGAUCAACACGCCCGACGCCAUUUAUUCACUUCCUGUUGUUUUGGUCAGAUUUAAAAAGAGCACCGAUGGACGUCGGCUCGGUCACUCAUAUCAAGUUCAAACACUAAUGUGACUCGGUAGUUAUUGUUUUUAUGUGUGGUUUCUCUUCUCGUGAGACGUUCAUAUCACUUCCAGUUCACAAAGAUGUUUUCAUGUUGUCGCUCAAAAUUCCGGCUGCCUGGAUUUUGUUUUGCUGCAUUCAGGUGAUCUUCAAGAAUCUUUUGAGGGGUUGGACAUUUGGUAGAAAAGAUGCAUUUAAGUGACACGCAAAUAUAUCAAUACAUGUGAAGCGCUUAAGACACAAAAGGUGUAAGAUUCUUCAUCUUAUUAGUCUAAACUUUGACAAACGUUCCAGAAAACUGGUGUCAGAAAAUGCUAACAUUUGUUAGCUUCUCACUGCUACAGCUGAUGAAUUCUUUCUAGAUGUUUUGGGGGGUUCAUUAGACAGCUAGCACACAUUAGCAGGUGUAUGAUGCACACCCACUGAAUGCAGCAAAAUAAAAAGAUUGAUUGUUUUGCGAUCACAAAACCUUCAAUUCAACAAACGUGACAAAAAGAAAAAUGUAAAAACACUAAGAAAUGUAAACGAAGGUCAACCGGCAGGACGUCACAAUUUCAGAAGAUGAGAAAAUUCUGGGAGGAAGGUUUUGUUUUUAUUUAACCUGAAGAAUAAAAAUGUCAAAAUAGUGAUUAUUAAAAGUUAAAGAAAAUCACGCCACCUACAGGGAGAAAAGGUCAACAUACAGACAAUCCAUCCGAGUCUUUUCAGAAACCAGUGCCUACUGACAGAGCUGCAACAUUUCUCACUCAGACGACGUCACACACACACACAUUUAGGGAAAAACUUAAAGCCUUUCAUCACAACGUUUUAAAGAUUUCAUGUCAGUGAAUCAGGUGUUCAGAAGAAUCUUAUCACUGUAAAUUUAACAAAUGUUAAAGGUCCAAGAUGAGAGAUUUCAAGAGUGAUGCAGAGCUGGCUAAACACUGAAGCUUCAGUGUCCACCACAUGGCGACCUGCAUGAGGAUCGACUCUAGAGAGGAGGGGGCGGGGCUAGACAGCUCUAUAAUGUUAUGAAUUUGGACUGCAGUACCCAUUUAAAACACUAGGUGUAAGUGUUACGUACUGCUCCUUUAAAUCUGGAUCGAAAGAGGAAACAGUCGUAUUUUACUUCUGCAGAGUGCUGCAGGAAUGAUUCCUCAAACCUGGAAAAGAGGUCAGACAUCAUUUUAAGGAUUAGAGAUCAUAAAGUUCUGUAUGCCAAAGAGAUUCUUUUCUGUUAGAAAUCAUAAUUCAUAGAAGAACAAAAACCGACUGGCUUUUAGUCGAGGGGUUCACCGUGAUCGGUCAUACCUGCAGCACUUUGUUCACCUCAGAGAACAUUUCGGUGAAAGGACUCUUUAUUUAUUUAAAUAAUUAGGAAACGAUUCCUUGGGAUAAGAAGUGGCAUUAAUGAAAACGCCUUAAUACAAAUGUCUGAGCUGCUUCGUCCGUUUUGUACAUUUCAAUUCUUCCCUCAUCAGACUGACAAACGCGUUCGAUUAUUUCUGUGACUGAGCUCAAACGUUCAACUUAGUCAUCGACUGUUUUCUCAUUUUCAGUCUCAACUUUUUCUCUUGUUUUUGUACUUUU